CUUUUUAUCGUCUCAUUGGCUUUACAAGCGGUACAAACAUACCACNCCCGCACCUCGACUGUCGCAGAAACGACACCGCAUGCCACGGAUUCAAAUGCCGAGGACUCUUCCGAGCUUCAUUCUCAAUUCAUUCACGUCCAUGCGCUUACUGCUUUGUUUUUAUCUCUUACCCAAGGCUUGGUCCAGUCACCUGGGUCAAGUACGUCAUCGUCCACUAAUGGUGGCCCCAGCGGUGUCUCACGUAAGAGUGUUUCCACACCUGGAUCCGGGGAACAGAACAGUCUAGAUAACAGCCAAUUCCUCAAAGACGAAAAGCAAGUAUUGGCGAGCUAUAAUACUUGUGUACGACAUGCACANGCACAUCACCUCUUGUCUGGAUUACUCAAACGGGUUUGCACCCGUACCGAAUUGGAUUUGCGGCCCGUGUUGGAUACAGUCACAUGCGAUCUGCUAACCAUAGCUACGUCAGCACCUGUUGAGUGGCCUGUGGCUCCUACUUUGCUUUGCGUUCUGGGAAGUUUACUCAUUCAACAUCUCAGUCAGAACAGUAGUUCCAGCACCAACACUAGCAGUACUAACUCACGAACGUCGGAUUUAUCUUCCAAACUGGUCUGCUUGGACACAAUGGCUACCUUAGCGCUGGGUCUGAAACGUAAUCGGGUUUUAUCACUGGAACAUCGAUCCUCGCUACGGCGUUCUGAUGCUGACUCUGGCGCAAACCCUUCGGUACGAAACGCCGAUAGAUCAGGCAGCAACGAGACAGAAGAUUCCUCGGCAUCGGAAGCCAGUGUUCGACGCCGAGAACUAAUUGCUCAAACUCAGGUGGUUGGUUUCGUUUCAUCUCCAGUGCCUAUGCUCAAUAGUUGGCUUCUCCAACCUGGAUUAGACGACACAUCAGAUGGAAGUAUCUCCAGUUCUGGAAAACAACAAGAACGAGAUUGUUUAAAAUCUAUUCGUUUGGAAUAUGUAGACUACCUUCUAGUGACUGCCCAGCGCUUUUUUCUGGCCUCUUGGUUGCAUGGUUGUACUCGUGAUCUGAGUGAAGUGCUCACUCACGCUAACAGCCGACGUUCCGGUGUGGAAACCACUUCCGCUUCCAGCUCUCUAUCGGCUUCCAAACGAGUGCGUGAACUGGAACAACUGCGUCACCAGCUGCUAUCGGAACUGGCUCUCACCCAUCACUUGCCGUCUUCCUCACUUCCCUGGUUGACCGGGUCUAAGCAUUCUAGUUCGUUGGUCGGGAGUAGUUCUCUCAGUAGUCCAUCUUCCAACAAGCCGGUUAGACAAAAUUCGGCUUCACAUUUCCCCAGUUCUGGCAUUCGGGUCAGUAGUGGGUCAACUCCAAGUCGGUUGCUGGUUUACGGCGGUUCCUUCCUGUCACAUGACUUGGUCGCAAAACGGUUUGUUGACUACGCGCAUUCUCGGCAUAUGGACAGGAAGUUACGCCUUCGAUUGGCUGCACAUGCUCACUGGUCGGCCUGGCAACUGCUUUCACUACAUCCAGUGGUUCCUGGAUUUGAAAAAAUCUUCAGCGCUAUUUGUCGACUGGUCGGCGAAUCUUCAGUUCCUGUUCGAACAAAGGCCUUACGUUGUUUGUCCGCUGUGAUUGAGGUCGACCCGAAGUUGUUUGUGUGCGCAUCCGCAACCAAGGAUCCUGAAAAACAAUCACCUGCUCAGGCCAAUUGGUUGCGCGAUCUACCCCGUCUGGUACACGCUCGUUUGCUGGACAAUUCCGCGUCUGUUCGAGAGGCUGCGGUGGAUCUAGUCAGCAAAUUACUCGUGCUGCGCCCGCGAGCACUUCCCGAAUACUAUCCCAUGUUAGCGGAACGUGUUUUGGACAAAGGAGUGAGUGUGCGAAAACGGGCGAUUCGUUGUUUCCGGGAUUUGCUUGUGGUCGACUGGGAUGGUAGCAGCGCUGGUGUCGGUUCUGCCAUUCCUAGUCGCUCUCGGUCUCGUGGAAAACAAAAAUUCAUCUUGAUGACUAAUCAGUUGGGUGUGGAAAUGUGCAUCAAGCUUAUCCGUCGAUUGCACGAUGAGGAUUCCAUACAGGUUGGUCGAACCUUGUUGGUUGUUUGCUUUCUUUGUCGCGAUUUAUCAAUCGUCUCCUAUAACUUUUACGUGCUGUUCGGACGUGCCAGUACCGAUGAGUCUUUCGAAUUUCAUCUAUUCUAUCCUCUGGCUGAGAAGCUCAAGGAACUCGACAGCUGCUGCUCAACUCUUGUGCACCCCUGA